GACCCCCACCCUACCACAAGUAUACCCGUUUUAUACGAAUUUACGAAAAAGGCCCUAAAGUUUUAAUAAAAUGUCAGCGGAAGCAUUUUAGUAACAGGAAUUAGGAAACAAAGAUACCCCUGGCUGCCAUUCAUUCCCACCCCUUUAGGCCAAAACUCGCAUCGAUCCGUUAAAUCUGAAAUCUCGCCAUCACCUGAUUGAUCCAACGGUCACCGUCUUCCGAUGGAGAACUCGCCGGUGGAAUCACCGGACGUCGGCGUCUCGGCGCUGGCGGAGCAAGCCAAGGAGCUGCAGGAGACGGCCUCCUCGCUCAUCUCUCGCACCUCCCGCGAGGAAGACGCGCUCCGUCAGCGCGUCGCCGCACUCGACUCCCGCAUCAAAUCGCUUCGUUCUUCUCUCCGCGGCUCCAAGAAUUUCGAUAAACUGGAAGAGGAGCUGACGAGAGUGAGGUAUAUAUUGAGUGAGGGAGAUGCAGCGGCAUUUCUUCCGAGCAGAUCUCAUGGGAUGUUUUUGAGGAUGUUUUUGGGGCCUAUUAAUGUGAGAGCUAAUAGGAAGGAUGUGCAGUUGAAAGUGAAAGAGGAAUACAAUAAUUUCAGGGAUAGAACAGCAUUUUUGUUCCUCUGUUUGCCAUCACUAUUGCUUAUUUUAAGGUCAUGGAUUUGGGGUGGAUGCUUACCCGCAUUACCAGUUCAACUUUACCAGGCAUGGUUGCUAUAUCUCUACACUGGUUUGGCUUUGAGAGAAAACAUCUUGAGAGUUAAUGGAAGUGAUAUACGUCCAUGGUGGAUUUAUCACCAUUAUUUUGCCAUGGCUAUGGCUCUCAUCAGUCUAACUUGGGAGAUAGACCAAGGGCCUGACUGUGCUAAAAAACAGAUAGGUGUACAACUAUUUCUGAAAUGGGCAAUAAUGCAAGGAGUUGCUAUGAUGCUUCAGAAUAGAUACCAAAGGCAAAGACUUUAUACACGUAUUGCGCUUGGCAAGGCUAGGAGGAUGGAUGUUGUUUGGGGAGAAACUGCUGGAGUGGAGGGUCAGCUAUUGCUGCUAUGCCCUAUACUUUUUGUUUUGCAGGGUUUUGAAGCUUAUGUUGGGGUUUUGUUGCUUAAUACUGCUCUAAAUGGAUCCAAUUUGGAUUGGCAGGUAAUUACAUGUGGGGUUCUUCUCAUAGUCAUGGCUGUCGGAAAUUUUGCUAACACGGUGCAGACCCUAAUAACAAAAUCUAGGGUUAAGGCAAAAAUCAAGAGAGGUAAAAGCAGGCAAGAACUAAAUCAACUGAAUCAGGGAUCUGAUGACAAGAGUUUGUAAUUGAGGAAAAACAGCUUGCAAUUUGAAGUUUGCUUAUUUGUGCAGUUUCUUUUCUCACAGCAGGUUUUUGGCUUUCAUGUUUUAUGAUAGUAAACUUGGAUUUUAGAAGUUAGAAAUCUAUAAUUGUCAUAUGUUAUAGGAUUUUACACUCACUGUUUGGUUUCCUAUAGAGAGAAUUACCUAUGGUGUUGCGCGC